CUCGCGGGCAGCGGGCCACGGCCUCCUUCACUGCCAUCGGUGCUUGUUUAGGUGCUGCUGCAGCCUCGGCGCUGGUGGUGCCAAGGCCGAGCCCCAGGUGGAGGUAAAGCCCCGCUGGCGCCGCCUCCGCUUGCGGCUCGGCGUCGGCGGCCCCUGCGGCUGUCCGGGACGUCUCGGUGGAUGUGCGCAGUGCCCGAGUGAGGAUGCGGCUCUUCUACCGGCUGCUCAAGCAGCCGGUGCCCCAGCAGAUCGAGCGCUACUCCCGCUUCUCUCCGUCACCGCUCUCGAUCAAACAGUUCCUGGACUUCGGUAGAGAUAAUGCAUGUGAAAAAACUUCAUAUAUGUUUCUGCGUAAGGAGCUUCCUGUCCGACUGGCUAACACAAUGAGAGAGGUUAACCUUUUGCCGGAUAACUUGUUGAACCGCCCUUCAGUGGGAUUAGUUCAGAGUUGGUACAUGCAAAGCUUCCUUGAACUUUUAGAAUAUGAAAACAAGAGCCCAGAAGACCCACGGGUUUUAGAUAACUUUCUCCAUGUUUUGAUUAACAUCAGAAACAGACACAACGAUGUUGUUCCUACCAUGGCCCAAGGCGUGAUUGAGUACAAGGAAAAGUUCGGUUUUGAUCCAUUUAUUAGCAGUAACAUCCAAUAUUUCCUGGAUCGUUUUUAUACCAACCGAAUUUCUUUCCGCAUGCUUAUUAAUCAACACACACUUCUGUUUGGCGGUGACACUAAUCCUGCUCAUCCUAAACACAUAGGGAGUAUUGAUCCCACCUGUAAUGUCGCUGAUGUAGUGAAAGAUGCAUAUGAAACAGCAAAGCUGCUCUGUGAACAGUAUUACCUGGUUGCUCCAGAGCUGGAAGUGGAAGAAUUCAAUGCCAAAGCACCAAACAAACCCAUUCAGGUAGUUUAUGUGCCCUCACAUCUGUUUCACAUGCUAUUUGAGCUGUUCAAGAACUCAAUGAGAGCAACAGUUGAGCUACAUGAAAAUAGAAAAGAGGGCUAUCCAGCUGUUAAAACUCUCGUCACUCUGGGUAAAGAAGACUUGUCCAUUAAGAUAAGUGACCUAGGUGGUGGAGUCCCACUUCGGAAAAUAGACCGUCUUUUUAACUACAUGUAUUCAACUGCCCCUCGACCCAGCCUGGAGCCUACAAGAGCUGCUCCCUUGGCUGGAUUUGGUUACGGCUUGCCAAUUUCUCGUCUGUAUGCCAGAUAUUUUCAGGGAGAUCUAAAACUAUAUUCCAUGGAAGGAGUGGGUACUGAUGCCGUCAUUUAUCUGAAGGCCCUUUCAAGUGAAUCCUUUGAGAGACUACCAGUUUUCAACAAGUCUGCGUGGCGCCAUUACAAGACUACUCCUGAAGCUGAUGACUGGAGCAAUCCCAGCAGCGAACCGAGGGACGCAUCAAAAUACAAGGCUAAACAGGACAAGAUCAAGACUAAUAGAACUUUGUAGAAAACCGAGUGCUGUGGUCAUCUCUGAAGAAAGAUUAUCUUCUGCAGGUUAACCAGACACCCUUCCUCUACCAAGUCUCAGUCCUGGCACUGUUGUUAUUCCCAAUGCUCUGUUAUGUUGCUUCCUUUAUAUUGACUCAGUGUUUCCACGGAGCGCUUCCUCUAGUUAAUCCACUCGCAUCUUCCACUAAAGUUGUAACCUGAGCAGUUUGUCAUGGUGUCUUUCUGUGGCAUACUUGCCUCCGUCACAGUAGAGCACGGAGCCUCCUUAGCACUCUUGUACCCUAUAUUCUGUAUCUUAUCAUGGGUUUAGCGUCUAAGUCUUACCAAGAUUCUGAGCACCUUCCUCUUUCCAGGUACAGCAGAUCCUACUGUUGACUUCGUGACCUCCAGCUAGGGCCUGGGGAGUCUGGAAGGGGAAGGUGUCAGUAGAGUACAUCUUGCAAAUUCAAUCCCAGGGUUCUUCCUGUCCUAUAUAUGCACCCCCUUUACUCUCUGAAUCAGUGUUCUACCGACUUCCAUCUGACUGUAUUGUCGUCGUGAGGUGUGGUACUUUCGGAUUAAAACCUAUUCAUCUGUAUUAUUUUUACUUUAAAGUUCGUUUGCAUACUUCUCUUCCAUUGAUUAAAGUACUCUAAAAGUUGUUUUGGAAUUUCUCACUUAACACCUUGGUUUGAAAGAUUUUAAAUGAAAACCUACCAUCUAGUCAAAUCAGACUGUAAAGAGUGGGAAAUCUAGUUGUGUGUUUCUCUGAAAGCUCCCCUGCCCUAUUCCUGUUUCUUUGCCAUAUGAAAUUCCUCUCGUAGUCCCCUUAGGAACUAGAAGCGCCUUCGGGAUGCACUCGCCUCACCAUAACACAGAUUGUCAGAGGCAAAUAUUCUAGCUUAUUUUGAAAAAUGUUAUAGAGUGGAUCAUUUUCAUUGUCAUUACUUUUUGCCAAUUUUAGAACUGUCCACUCAAUCUGAUUUUUGUUUCUCUGUGUAACAGCUCUGACUGUCCUGGAACUCACUAUGUAGGCCAGACUGGCCUCAAACUCACAAAGGUCUGCCUGUCUCUGCCUCCCGAGUGCUGGGACUAAAAGACUCGUGCCACUACCGCCUGGUCUUCAGUCUGAUUUUGUAAUCAUUCCUUUUGCUAAAAGUUAGAAGUAGGAAUUCGCAGAGGACCUGUGGUAAGGAAAGACAAAUGAUGUGAUAUUUAUUCUUAGUAAUAAGGCUAUCUGAGAGUCUGGAUUCAAACUGGUACCUAGCUUAUGCAGGUCCCUGUUAGGUGUUUCUCUGUCCAUUAUAUUUUUUCUUGUGUAUGUCAUCCACUCUGACUGCUGCUUUCAUUUACUGUAUAUAUAAAUGUUUCUACCCAGUUUUUCAGUACUGAAUCCAGAUUUAGAAGUUUUAGUUUGUAACCAGGCAUGGUGGUCCAUACCUGAAACCUCAGUACUCCAGAUGGUGAGGCAGGAGGAUCAUGAUCAUAGCCUGGGCUAUGUGCCAAGAGUCCCUCUCAAAGUUUUGACUUGUGUUACCCCUGCUAUGUCAUUACUGAUGUAGCAGUGUAGUUGUCCCCACUGCCACCACACCGAAGGCUUUUGCCUCAGAGAUUUGCUCUGACUUAGAUGAAGUUGGCUCAGUUGUAACUUUGAGGAACACAGCAUCUGAUUUUCUUUCGAUUCCUUGUAUUAUCUGAGUUUCUGGUGAGUUCCUUUUUGUCUUUAUAAAGACCUCAUUGCAGAGCAAAAAGCAUGUUGGUAAAUACCAAAGAGACGGGUGAGAGAGACUUAUUGGACACAGCUAAGUCGGUGUCUUCGGGGGGUUGAGCAGUAUGACUAUUUUCUUGUGAGGAAAGACUGAAAAUAAUGCUCUUUUACAUUUCAAGAUCCUGGCUGCCUUAGAAACACCAGCUCUAUGUCUCUAUCUUACUGAGUCUCGGUUUCCAGCCAUCCUCCUUUACACUUGCGAGUUUGGCUGUCAGCGAAUGGAGGUGACAGUGUCUGUCAUCGUGGCCUCGAUUGCCUUGCUUCAGCACUGUUUUUACUUGCCAUACUCCCACACCAAAUACCCAUCAGGCUUGGAUAUGGCAUAGAAGAACCGUGUCAUUUUCUCUUAAACUCUUUUCUGCAAUGCCAGUUUUGUUGAAAUGUCUUGAGGAUUUAAUGCACAGCCCUCCCCUAACACUCUUAGACUCCCCUCGUGUCCAUCUAAACCUAGUGCACUCCAACUGCUCCUGUCCCCAUGUCAUCAGUGAGUUCACCUCAGCUCUAAGCCAGCCAGAAGAAGAGUUUCAGGAGCAUCCUGUAUCCUCACAGUUUGGUCUUCCCUCGACUGGAGUAUUGAUGUAUCCUUUCUGUUGCUAGUGCUCAACCCUCUGAGCUUAAGCAUGCCUCUCUGGCUCUGUGAAUUUAUAUAUUACAGAUGGAUAUUGACCCAUUUGCAGCUGAAUUCUUCCCCAUUUCUCUGUAAUGUCCUCCAAUUUACACUCUUAUUUUAAGUAUUUGGGAGCCAUGUAUCCUGUUUGAAACUCUACCUGGCACACAGUAGGUACUUAAUGUCUUUGUUGAGCAAAAGAGGAAAACUGAUAGAACAUCUUCCUAAGUUCUUCAGAUCCCUAACUUCAAAUUGGUAAUGAUUUCAGGUCAAGAACUGUGACAGUGUGCUGGAUGUCUUUUUAUAGUGCUAAGAGAUGGCUUUAAAAUGUGGAGAAGUGACAGGGAUUAAAAACGGAUCCACAUGAGCCAUCUGAUUCUUUGUCUCUGAAUAUUUGGUUUUGGAUUCGCAGCACAAGGGCUUCUUUCUGUCUAGCGACAUGGUUUUAUAGUCUUUCUUAGAGAUUCCAAAGAACUUAACAUUCAGCACCCCAAGUGAUCCUUAGAAUGCCAGGAGGUGGACUAAGUAGCUUUUAGUUUUCAUGUGAAUUCCAAAGCAGUGAAGUGGCUUGCCAAGGAGACAUGGAAAGUGAGAAGCAGAACCAAAGCCAGUGCUUGGGGCUUCCUGUUCCUAGGCCAAUACUCUGAACAGUAUGUCAAGUGGUUAGAAUGAUCUCCUUAGAGGAAUCUCUUGGGCAUAUUAAUCCUCAAGGAUGAUCUGUAAGUCAACAGUUUUCUGUAAUGCAAGGCAGCUCCACUCAGGAAAAGGUUUCUUUGGUGUGUUUCCAUUCUGGCACAGUUAGAGGAGACAAGUGGAUUAGGCAGACAACUUUAGACUAAUAUAGGUCAUGACUAGAGUUUCUAUUUGAAUGAGAGCAGCGCUUACUGCCAGCGUUUUUGUACAAAGAUUCUACAUUUGGAAGCUGAUGGUUUUGUGUUUUGAUAGACUCAAUUACAGCUUCAAUUAGAUGCUCUUGCCCAGUCUUUCUAUUACCAGUACUUAGAGUAAUAGCUCGGCUGGCUAUCAGAACCUUGGAGCACAUUCUUUAGAGACUUACUUCAUUGUCUCUAUCUGCUGGUGCGCUGAUUCAUGAGUACAGAUAGAUUUUUCUCUCAGGUUUGUAGGCAGCCUGCUUGUUUGGCACGGUUGCAUGUUUGCCCUUGAUAUUUUGUUCCUUCAUUUCAAUAUAGCUCAGGGUUGGUAGUUGUCUGUUGCCUUUUCCUGGUACACAGUGACCUAGGUCGCAUAUUGGGCCUUAUUAUAUUUUGUAUCAUUUUGUACUGUUCUGUUCUUCAGUUUCAGUAUAUGUGCUGCCGAAGCGAGCACUGUUCUGUUCUUCAGAAAUUUGUUUCUCUAUCAGCUUUGUGUUACCCAUCUUUUACAUUUACCUUUUUUAUGGCUUUUAUCUCUUGUUUUUCUUCAUGUGUGAUUUUCCACCCUUGAAUCCGAUCCUCCAUUUCACUAUUUUCUCUGUUUUUUGUAAGCCUCAUGGCUUGCUUUCACAUAUAUCAUUCUCAUAUUUUUUUUAAAUUUGCUUCCACUCAAUAUUUUAUUCCUCUUUGAUGCCUUAUUUCUUUGAGCACGAAACCUUUUGGUCUGAAUUUUUCAGGAUUUCUGAAAUCAUUCUUUUUCCAGAAUAUAUUUGUGUAUCUUUUGCGUACUCUCUCAGGCACUCUCCUGGAGACCAUGCUGUGGGAUUGUGGCUUUUUUAAUUUCAUCAUAGAUCAUUUUUUGCUCAGUUUUUGGACGUGUGCGCUGGCCAGGGGGGAUAGGACACUUACACAAACAUGUAUUGAUUCUGCCGUCUUUGUCAGUGGUCCAGAUGCUUAAACAUUGACUUUACAGAUAAUGUCCUUCAUAAUCUAUAUGUUAGGAAACAGAAGGAACCAAUAUGGCCAGCAGGAGAGCACCAUUAAUGAUUUAAUCAAUAAAGGAUUUUUGUUUGCUGUUCUGGGUGAAAAGCUAACUUUUAACUCCAGUUCCUGUCACACUGGUUAGAGAUAGCGGUGCCUUCUGGUUUGAAAAUAGAGGGGACAUAUGAAAUUUUAAUGAACUUGAGACGUUAUCAGCCAUCAACAGUGAUUAAUUUGUUAACUAAAUAUGGUAGAAUACUUCAAACUAGGGCAUAAGCAGAGCUCUCGAGAAGUAUACGCUUGUUCUAUUAGCCUCACUGAGUGCUUUACUGUGACAUGUUUUCCAGUCAGCCAUUUUAAAAAGUAGAUCAUUUAGAAAUAGGAAACUCUGUUGGUCCUGCGGAUGUACCCCUGGAAUCCCAGCAUGCAGGAGAUGAAGGCAGGGACAAGUGUAAGGUCAGCCUGACUGCAUCGUGAGAACCUGUGGGCGAGGAGAGGCGAGGAAGGAAAAGGGAGGGGGGAAGGAUGUAAGGAAAGGCAUGAAAGCUUUGUUAUGGCUUCUUCUUGUUCUUUGUGAGUACACACUCAAAUGGUUUGUAGGUUUAGGGCUUAGUGUUGAACAUGGGAUAAUGUUUUGAAAGUGUAUUUGCAGGUAGAUCAUGGGGCUUGUUUGGAAUGCUUGUAAGACUGAAACUUCCUUGCCUCAGUAGCCAGACCUUCUAGUAGACAGCCAGCAGCAAACUGUAUCACCUUCAGAACUCUCGUGCCACAAUGAAGGACCACAAAUGAUAGCCUCGCAGCAUCCACCGAGCUGUGCAUGAGGCAAGACAUUUCCCCUGAGGUCAGUCAGCCUCGGGCCGUGCUGCUGGGAAAUAGAUGAUUGAACACAGGUGUCCUCCGCUAAGGGAGACUGAAGUGAAGGUAGCAGACAGGAGUCGUGGGGAGGGAGAGAAGGUUCAGUCGUCAGUUUCAGUGAUACAUUGUGUCUCUCACAUGCUAGAAACAUCAGUGUUGGGCCUGUGCCAGUGAUCAAAGCAGAGUGAAAUCCCGUUACAGUAAGGACAAGAUAGAGUAAUUUCCUGGUUCACUUUGGAUACAAGUACUGUGGGGAAGAUGAAAGGCUUCAAUUUCAUAAAGGACAGGUGUAUUCUUCAGAGAAAGAAGUAUUCCUGAUUUCCCAAGUGAGUUUCACCUUUUAAUCUAUCAGUCUGAAGUGUGAGUCUGUCUCCCAUGCUUGGCUCUUCUUCACUCUCCCCUGCGGGGUCCCUGCUGAGGUCCUUGUGGGACUGCGCCCAUUCCAGCCAUUGUCUCUCUGGUCAGCUCUCACAGUGAGUUCUCAUGGAGUAAGAAGGGCUGCCGUUGGAUUCUCUGUAGCAGCAACUCGCCACGGGUUUGGAUGGAUAGCUCUCUUUAGGGUUUCACAAAUGAUCACUUAAGGACCAGUGAGAUGGCUGAGCUAGUAAAGGACGACCUGAGUUCAAGCUCCAGGUCCCGCAUGGUAGAGGAAAGAACCAGCUGCUGCGAGUUGUCCCCUAACCUCCACACAUAUGCUGCGGGGCACGUGUAGGCACACCCACUACAUCAAUGUAGUAAUGUUUUAGUCAAAAAUUGAGAAGUAUCUGGAUAAUGAGGCUAGAGGUAAAAUUGCUGCUGGUCAGGAGUGGACUCUGUUUAGCACUUCACCUCAUCUCAGAGGGGGAGGAAGGGUGGCUAGGAAGGCUUCCCUCUGAAGUGUACCGGGUGAUAUCAGCUGUGUCCACUUGCCAAAAUCAAGGCAGUAUUCCGGGCGCAGAAAUCUGGAGAAGCCUCUGCUUGCUUAUUUCUGUCUCUGAAGUAGGGACACAUGUCUACUUAUCUCCAUGGUAGAGUUUAAAGUGGUCAGCACAUGGGCUGUCAGUUGGUGUGUGCCACAGCCUCCUGGCAGAAAAUUCCCUUUCCCUCAGAGGGACUGCUAGAGCCACCGUGGGGACUUGUUCUCCAUGCCCACCCCUCUGACUCCUUGGGACAGAUCUGAGUGGCCCAGCAGUGAGAGCUUUAACUAUUGGAGAAGCGAUGGAGUUGUGUUUAAUAGUGUCCAUUGGUAGGUCCAGUUUCUCGCCCUUUAAACUGCCUGAUUUUCCAUCGACAGAAUCACCUUGGAGCAUCAGGACCGAAAGUCUCUGAACAUCUGGUAGUUCUGGAGCUGUCUUAAGGAAAGCACACCUCACCUCACAGUAGCCUUUGAGUGCUUAACUAAGUCCAGGAAUCCCAUAUGCGCACUCUGCUGUGCAGAGCUUUACCCAGACUGCAGAGCUGACCUUAGUUCUCAGCAUACUUGUUCCUUAAGUAUAGGUGACUACAGGCACAGUACCCACCAGUUCAAAGUGAUGACAUCAGCCUUCGAUGUCCAAGUCCCUUGGAAAUGAAAAAAUAAAGCUUGAUGUGUGGAGUCUCAUGGCCAAGUGAGGACUAUUAAGUUUUUCCUGAGACAUUAAAAACACUAGAGAGGUGAGAUGGAAAGAGCGCCCGGGACGUGUGCACUGGAAAGGAGUAUGAACUUAACCUGAAAAAAUGUCUCUCUUCUAUAAAUCUCUCAGUGACAUUUGGAUUAAUCAAGCAUAAUUAAAUGUAGUUAGGUUUUUGUCAGAUUGUAGUUCAAAAUAAUAUUCAUCUAUGGAGAGGGUAAUAUAUUCUGUAGAAAUUUUAUUAAGCAUUUCAGUUAAGCAAACAGUAAGGAGAACAAAAUCAGCCUCGGGAAGGUUAAUUACUAAAAAACACAGAGGAUAGUAGAUUAUGUAAAUGAUUUUAAUUUUGAAUACCAUGGCUUGAGCUUUAAUUUACAUAGAGAGGUAUUUGGGAUUUGUUUUUCACAGUCUAUUUUUCAAAAGUACGAAAUUAGACUUGGCAUUCUUUAAAAGUUCUAAUCACUCCAGGCUUCCAUUAGUCUUUGCUCUAACUUUUUCCUAUUAAAGUUUGCAAAAAUGAAGAAUUACAAUUUCCUUCCAGCGAAUUCUCUUAGGAUUCCAUCUCGUUUGUGUAAAUGAUGAGAACUAUGUUUUUAUUUCUUUACCAAAUGGUGGCUUUAACUGAAGUAUUGGGAGAGUGUAUGAAAGUGUUCAUCCCAGGCGUGCCUUUACGGCAAGUGCUCACUUAAACUAUAAAACCUAGCUCAGAUUGGUUUUAGAUGCUUUCUUUUUUUAGUAAAGGCUUUUCUCUCACCUUGCCUGUGUCAGGGAACAGGCUCUGAUAAGAUCUGUUCACAUUUGAUACUUGUCUAAAUUUCAUAGUGAGAGUUACAGAAGUAUUGUCAUCUCAGCAAUAUAAGCUUACCCAGGAAAGCUGAAGUUGUCCUUUUCACAAGAAGUGACACCCAGAUUUCCUUUGUGUAGGAUGGAGCUGGGUCUAACCCCCUUUGAGAUAGUCAUAGAAGCCCCUGCUGUUGGUUCUGUCUGGCCAUUUGUUCGGCGGCUUUCGGUGAAGGUGCUACUUCCUUUGGAACUGGCUGCUUUGCAGAUAAUAAGCUUUCACUUCAAGGAGCAUCCCAUUAAGUAAUUCUGACUUCCUUUAAAAGUGGCCUAUUAAUUUAAAUGCUCUGGAUAACUUUUGCAGACAUCAGAGAUCUCAUAUGUGUGGUAACUAUGCAAUGCCGGCCCUGACAUCACAAAAGAAUGCAUACUCGCAACAAAUGUGCUUCAUGUCUAAAAUGAUCUUCCCUUCAGAUUCUUGGAAGAGAAAAAAUACAGCAUUAAUGUUCAGUUAGAACUCUGUUUUGGAUAUUGAUGUGGGCUAGUCUCAAAAGAAACUGAAAGGUCACUGCGAUAAGUCAGUGACAGUCAUUCAACCAUGCCGAAUGUCAUGUCCAGAAGAGCUUGUGAACUCAGGGUGAGCAUCAAAUGUGAUACUGUUUACGUCGUGACAUCCCUUUCACGUCAUUCCCAUUUCCUUUUUGUCAUUGAAGCUAUUUUAAGAAACCUCAAUCUUUAUUUUUUAAUUAAAAAUCAUUGAAUAGUUUUAGGAAGAACUGGCUUGUGCCUUUAACUUCAAUGCUGAACUUACGGUCCCACAUGUUUGUUUAGGAUAUGUGAGUUUAUUGACAACUGAAGCCUGUAGCUGUAGGGAUCUGAGAAGACGUGAGACUGCCUGCCACUAAAGACGGACCGUGCCGGAUCUUGCAGCCUCACUUGGCAAGUCCUUUUAGGAGGGAGAAUUUUCCCAGCUGUUUAGCCAGCACGGAAAGGAAAAUGGCAGGUACAGCAUAGAAGGCCCUGUAUCUGCUCCCUUUCUUGUUGAGUGUUUAUGUAACUUCCCGGGGGAACCUCGCAGCGUCAUUUGGUUGCUUUCCACAUUGAAAAGGUCCUUUAACAGCUGACACAUGAUGUAGACCAAUAAAUGUUUUUGAGACUAUUAAAUAUAUUGACUCAGGUGGAAGCAAAAGCAAAGUUUACCUAGAGUGUAUGAAGCUUUAAGUGAUUUCAAAUUUGCAAGGAGCUGGGCUGGGGAUAUAGUGCAGCGAUUGCGCACUGCCGUGGCAUGUGUGGAGGCCUGGCUUCCACCGUAGCAUUGAAAACAGGAAACAAAUUCUAGGAAUCAUGCUACAUCUUGCAGAAAUUGUGUCCUGUUGUCCCCACAGUUCCCCUUUUGUUGGUUGCUCCAGAUGCUUCUGUCUAAGCACUGUGCUCAGGACUGGAGCGCACGUUGUACUUGAGCAGUCGUGGACAGUGACUCUUUAGAAGAAAGGGAGAGCUAGCCCCACUCUGCUGAGUUCCUGCUUUGAUGUUAUUUGAAUUGCUGCUUAAGGUUUAGAAACAGAGCAUUUGCUGUUCCAAGCCCCCACCCAAGUGCUUGAAAUGGAUCUGUUUCCUUAGAACACAACUUUGGAAUGCCUAGGAGAUGCUGGAACUAGACAAAAGAGGUGUGAGGGAAAAGUUCAACGCUUUGCCAGGUUCUCUUUGUAACUCCUUGACUUAUUAGUGUUGUCUAAAUGGAAUAAUUGUGGGUUUGAUAAGAGACAAAUAUUAACUUACACGUGUAAUAAAUGGCCAUUGCAGUCUGUACCCAUAAGUUCAAGUCUGCCCUGGCUCACUCCAUGCCUCUGUUGACUUAGUGGUGAAUGUACACACAUGUCCACAGUUCCCGAGCAACCUUGUGCUUUGUAGAAUGAAGCUCAGACCCAUAAGUUAUGCUGUCAUGAAUGAGGAAUGACUAGAUGGGGUCAUUUGUCACUCUGUGGUCCACGGAGAGAAGUGUGUUGUGACUGCUGGAAAAACAUAACCGGAGACCCGUGUGGCUUGGACCGUGCUCCUCGUGAGUUGCUGAGCAAUCUGUUGUUUGUCAUAACCAGACCUGUCCUGCCUCACGCGGGCAAUUCUGUACCCUGGUAACCAGAACAAUAAAUGGCAGU